GCAGUGCUUCUCAGCCUCUUCUCCAGCGCGCCCCACCUUACAGCUGUCUCAGCUCCUGCCCGUCAUGAGCAGCAGCUUAAUAUUCACACACACACACACACACACCAGACACACACACUCGCACACACCACAUACACACACCCUACACACACACCACAACCCCACACACACACACCACUCCACACACACCACACACACACACCACCCCACACACACCCCACACACACACACACCACACACACACCACCCCACACACACACCACACACUCACCACCCCACACACACAUCACACACACACACACCACACACACAAUUCACACACCCCCUACAACCUCACACACACCCCCCACACACCACCCCACACACAAACCCCACACACACACCACACACAACCACACACACAACUCACACACAUCCUACAUACACACACCACAAUCCCACACACACACCACAUACACCACCCCACACACAGCACACACACACCACGCCACACACACACCACACACACACACCACGCCACACACACACCACACACACACACAACUCACACACACCCUACACACACCACAACCCCACACAUACACCACACACACAGCACACACACACACCACACACACACCCUACACACACAACCCCCCACACACACCACCCCACACACACCACACACACGCCACACACACUCACCUCCCAAGAACAAGCAAGAAGCACAGAGACUGGAAUUCUUACAAAGAAAAGCAAUGCUUCCUGCCGCUACCAAGCAAAAAAACACCAACCACAUCCACAGAGAGACUCAUUAGAACACCCACCCACUACUAUCGUCCAGCAGACCUCCCAAGGCGGGACUUCAAGGACUGAACUUCAGGAACCCAAGCCCAGGCCUUUGGGUGCACAGAAUGCAAGAGUUGAGGCUUGGGAGCCUCCACCUAGAUUUCAGAGGAUGUAUGGAAAAGCCCAGAUGUCCAGGCAAAAGCCUGCUAAAGGCCGGGCACGGUGGCUCAUGCCUGUAAUCCCAGCACUUUGGGAGGCCGAGGUGGGCGGAUCAUGAGAUUUUUCAUGGAGAUUCUGUGUUCUGGUGGAGGGGUUGAUAUCUCGACUUCCUGCUGCAGAAUGAUAUGCUCCACUUCAGCACAGAGCCUGUAGACGUGGCCUUCUUUGAGACCUCCGCACUUCCCCACCAUUCAAGUGAGCAAUCUACCAGAGCACACAGCCUGCAGGGAAAUGGGUCCGAGGCUCAUUUCCUCAGGACAUUUGCCUGAAACCUCCUGAGAUUUCUUUUUCGAAAGAAAGAAAGAAAGACAGAGAGACAGAGAAAGAAAAGAGAGAAAGAGAAAGAGAAAGAAAGAAAGAAAGAAAGAAAGAAAGCCAAGUUGCACAAUUUCUAAUGCUUCAAAUCUCUUUGUAGACAGGAGCCAAGUACCCCCCAAAAUUAAAGUGGGUCAAAAAGCAAGGCAGAGGCAGAGCACCCCAUCAAUCCCCUCAAAAAUCUCACAAUAGAAUUUGCCAGAGACCAAAAUCGGCUUUCCACACAUCCAUGUUUUGAUGUUUUUUAAAAAGAUACAACCACUUUGAACAACUUUUUGGCACUUUCUUCUAAAGUACAACAUACACCUCCCAUACAGCCCAGCAAUUGUACACUUCAGUAUUUACCCAACAAAAAUGAAAGUGAAUAUCUGCACGAAUAUCCGCACAACAUUGCAUACAUAAAUGUUCACAGUAAACUUAUUCAAAAUAGCCAAAAAUGGAAACAAUAGAUGUGCCCAUGAACAGAAGGCUAGAUCAUUUGUGCUCCAUCCACAAAAUGGAUUACAUCUUAGCAAUAAAAAGGAACAAACUACUGAUACAUGCGGCAACAGGAAUGAUCUCAAAGACAUUGUGCUGAGUGAAAAGGCCAGACGGAAAAGAAUACAUACUGUGUGAUUUCAUUUAUGUAAUGAAUGCACAAAAGCAGGCAAAACUAAUCUGUGGUGAUAAAAAUCCAAACAGUGGGAGUUUUCUGGAGGAGGGUAGAUUGGGGCAGGAAAUGAGAAAACUUUCUGGGGCAACGGAAAUGUUCCUUAUCUUGGUGGGAAUAGCAGUUACAUGGGAAUGUACAUCAGUCCAAACUCAGAAAACUGUAUAUGUAAAAUCUGCAAAUCUUAUUGUAUUUAAAUUAUACUUUAGGUUUUUUAAAAAUAGAUAUAUUGGGGGGAAAAGAAAGUGAAGAAUCCCCAUUAAGCUGAAAAGAAGGGGAAUAGUCCACGGUUUCUGUGGUAAUUUAAGCUCCAUAUUUGGUCUGUGUGUUCAAAUGAAUUUUUAUUACCAAGGGAUUAUUGAAAGUCAUCAUCACCAGAUGACAGGAAAAAGAAAGAGCAGACAGACCAUCCAGAAAUAAUGUUCCCCAUGAUUUUUUUAAAGUGCAUUUUUCAGUCAUUAUCUUGAGAGAAAACAAGCAGCUGGGUCUCUUAACAAAGAGGUUUAAUAGAAUACUGGGAAAAAAGAGAGGAGAAAUUGAGGCGAACAAUGCCUGUUUCAGUGCCAGCCACACAAAACCAAGCCUUGCAAGGUGAAGCCGAUGUCUCCUCUCUGCCAGUAACAUCGUUAGAGGCCUAACACUCGAUAAUGAAGGGUCCCCUAAUUAUUGGCGUGAUUUGAGGCAUAUUGUUCAAAACAUUCUAAAACCUGAAAUUGCAGCAGCAAAUGCAUUGAUGGCCCUCACCCUCAUCUGUGAAAAUAGAUGUAAAUGCAAAAGGAAAGAAGAUCUGUGGCUCUUCGGGUCCCUGUGUGCAUCGUCAACGUACUAACUCUUGCUUCUUUCUACCUUGUCACUUCAAAUUCAUCUAGGCUCAAACUGCUGGUUUCAAAGUUUCCAUCUGACCUCCAACCCAGUUUGUUCAUGUCUGUCUUUCCCGUAUUACACAAAAUUAGCAAAAUACAAGUAAUAGAUGAUUUGAAAGGACAUCACAGAACAUUCUGAAAAGCAAAAAUAAGGGAGGCUUGGGUUUUGUUUAGCAGAUUUCUCUCCUAACCUACGACCACACACAUAUAUGCUGUUUAAUUGUAAAAUUCAGAUGUUGGAUGGUGGAGAGGGUAAGCCCAGUAACAAAGAAACACAAAGAUGCCUUCUAAAUUCUAUUUAAUCUAAAUUAACUGUGUGGCCAACAAUACAGGUGCUGCUUUUUCCUUAAACACAUAUAUUAGCAGACACAGGCUAAAUAAAUUGUUUAGUGGGAAAUGAAUUAUGUAAAUGUAAUUUAUAGCAUUACUGUGGGUUUGUAAAUUUAAUCCACUCAAACGUAGAAAGGUUUUCGUGCAAUGAAUAUUUCUGAGGUUGUUUAAUAUGUUAAAAUAAAUAUUGAGCAGCUGACAG